AUGGAAGUCAACCCAAAUCGAGCUGCUGAAGAACCCAGAGCAGCCGAGAUGAGGCUUAAAGAAAAGUCCAUGAUUACAUCUGAAGAGAGGACUUGGGCAAAUCUUGACAACAUUGCACGAGACAUCCUCUAUAUGGCUCUAGACAAGUCAUUAUUUCCUAGGGUUACAAAAUGCAAAUCUGCCAAGGAGAUAUGGACGAUUCUCAUACAGAUAACAGAAGGUGACGAACAGGAGAAAGAGAACAAGCUUACCAUUGCCAUGAAGAAGUUCGAAGACUUCAAGAUGGGAGCAGGCGAAUCAGUCUUCGAGAUGGAAGCACGAUUCAUGAAGCUCUUGACUGAGAUUGACGAUCUGGACAAAGAGCUCACCCAAAAAGAAAUCAAUCUGAAGAUACUUCGUGGUCUCCCUAAAAGCUGGAAAAUGAAGGUCAUAGCAAUGAGAGAUCAUCGCAACUUAAAGACAACUAGCACUACUCAAAUCUUUAGUGAUCUGAAGGCAUAUGAGUUCGAGAGGGAAGCCUUGCACGAGGAAUAA